GAAGCUGAGGAGAGAAUGUUUCAGUGCUGUUCCCCUCGGGCCUUGGGACCACCUCCUUGCAGUGGGACUCAGGGUGUGUGAGAGGGAGUGAGGGCCAGCGGAGGGCCAGCUGCCUGUGGGGCCCGACUCACGUGGGGACCUUGAGGCUCAGAAAUAGAACUGAAGACAGAACCCAGUCGCCUGCUUCUCAUUUGAGGGCUUUUCUCAUUGUUCUACUGGGCACUCAUCAGAGGGAAGCUAUUUUUCCACAAUUGGCGAGCGGAGCUGAAAGCGACCUACCCGGGACCGCUGCGCUGGUUAGCGGCUGAGCUGGGGCAAGAAUCCAGGUGUUAGUGUGUUCCCAUUUUUUCUUUUGAGUUCCUGUACCAGUCUCCGGGAUCUCAAGACGCUAGCAUAGCAGUUUGCUGAACCUGGUGUCCACUGACCAUUUGAAGAGCUAGUUAUCUGAGUUUCAGAUUCCGACAAUGUCUCAUCCGUCUUGGCUGCCACCCAAAAGUACUGGUGAGCCUCUUGGCCAUGUGCCUGCACGGAUGGAGACCACCCAUUCCUUUGGGACUCCCAGCAUUUCAGUGUCCACACAACAACCACCCAAGAAGUUUGCUCCAGUAGUUGCUCCAAAGCCCAAGUACAACCCAUACAAACCUGGAGGUGAAGGUGAUUUUCUUCCACCCCCACCUCCACCUCUAGAUGAUCCUGGUGCUCUUCCGUCUGGCUCUGGAAACUUCCCUCCUCCACCACCCCUUGAUGAAGGUGCUUUCAGGGCACAGCAGGGAAAUCCUGGAGGCAAGACCCUUGAGGAGAGACGUUCUAGCCUGGAUGCCGAGAUAGACUCGCUGACUAGCAUCUUGGCCGACCUUGAGUGCAGCUCGCCCUACAAGCCUCGGCCUCCACAGGGCUCUACUAGUUCGACUGCCUCUCCUCCAGUCUCUACCCCUGUCACAGGACAUAAAAGAAUGGUAAUACCAAACCAACCCCCUCUAACAGCAACCAAAAAGUCUACAUUGAAACCACAGCCUGCACCCCAGGCAGGACCCAUCCCUGUGGCACCAAUUGGAACACUAAAACCCCAGCCUCAACCAGUCCCCGCCUCCUAUGCUACGGCGUCCACCCCUUCAAGGCCUACCUUCAACGUGCAGGUGAAGUCAGCCCAGCCCAGCUCUCAUUACAUGGCUGCUCCUUCAUCAGGACAAUUUUAUGGCGCAGGCCCAGGACCCCAGGGCUAUAACACUCAACCAGUUUCUAUCUCUGGGCAGUGCCCACCUCCUUCAACACGGGGGGGCAUGGACUAUGCAUAUAUUCCACCACCAGGACUUCAACCGGAGCCUGGGUAUGGGUAUGCCCCCAACCAAGGACGCUAUUAUGAAGCCUAUUGCCCAUCAGGGCCUGGCUAUGGGGGCAAAAAUGACUCUGAUCCAGCUUACGGUCAACAAGGGCAUCCGAAUACGUGGAAGCGGGAACAAGGGUAUACUCCUUCUGGAACAGGAAACCAGAACCCAGCCGGGAUGUAUCCAGUUACUGGGCCCAAGAAGACCUAUAUCACAGAUCCUGUUUCAGUGCCCUGCGCACCGCCACUGCAACAAAAGAGUGGACAAACAGGAUCCAUGGGGCCUCCAGCUGUUCCCCCUUCAUUCCGCCCUGAAGAUGAGCUCGAACACCUAACCAAGAAGAUGCUGUAUGAUAUGGAAAAUCCACCUGCUGAUGAAUACUUUGGCCGCUGUGCUCGCUGUGGGGAAAACGUAGUUGGGGAAGGGACAGGAUGCACCGCCAUGGAUCAGGUCUUCCACGUGGAUUGUUUUACCUGCAUCAUCUGCAACAACAAGCUCCGAGGACAGCCCUUCUAUGCCGUGGAGAAGAAAGCCUACUGUGAGCCCUGCUACAUUAACACCCUGGAACAGUGCAGUGUGUGCUCCAAGCCCAUCAUGGAGCGGAUCCUGCGAGCCACCGGAAAGGCCUAUCAUCCUCACUGCUUUACCUGUGUCAUGUGCCACCGCAGCCUUGAUGGGAUCCCAUUCACCGUGGACGCUGGUGGCCUCAUUCACUGCAUUGAGGACUUCCACAAGAAAUUUGCCCCCCGAUGUUCUGUGUGCAAAGAGCCUAUCAUGCCGGCCCCGGGCCAGGAGGAGACUGUCCGGAUUGUGGCUCUGGAUCGCGAUUUCCAUGUUCAUUGCUACCGGUGUGAGGAUUGUGGUGGUCUCCUGUCUGAAGGAGAUAACCAAGGCUGCUACCCUCUGGAUGGACACAUCCUCUGCAAGACCUGCAACUCCGCCCGCAUUAGGGUGCUGACGGCCAAGGCCAGCACUGACCUUUAAGUUCAGUUAGUUGGUGGCGCUGAGAAGAAUGAAACACAAGAAACAAGAUAAGAAAAGACAUGGGAAAAAUACAGGAAAGGCAAUCAAACCGUGGGAUGGUCUCUGUUCUUCGUCUAAUAUUAACCUUUCUUUAGAAACACAUAGAUUAUGAGAUUUUUUUUUUUUAAGUUCUCACCAAAUACACAUUUCACAUUUAAUCAUGUAGGACCUUGAUGGGCCUUUGUUCCCAAGGACUUCCACAUUUUUGCACGGAUUAUACUCCAUCCCAUUCACUUCUGCAUUCCUGUAACUUUUAAUCCCUAUGUUUGUCUCACUUUUCAUCUGGUUGAAUGGCUUUUUUUAGUGUGGUAUUUGCUGUCACACAGUUUUUUCCUGGGUGAGUCUGCCAACUCACAGGUGCUUUUAGGCUUGAAGGUCUCAUCCUAUCACUUCCACAUUGCCUGUGAUCAUAAAGGACAGCCAUUCUUUCUGUGUGUAUUGGAAAAGUACAUCUUUCUGUUGCUCUAAACCGGUCAUGUCCCUUGGGGGGGUGGGGGUAAAAGUGUGCAAUGUGUAUGUUAGGCAACAAAGAAUUUAAGCUGUAAAUGACAUAGUUUAAAACAAGCGCCUAUUGAAUUUGCAACCAAAUUUGAUUGGAAAUUCAAAGUCUAUAGUGAUUUUGGUGCUCAGGGCUCAUUUGAAAACAGUUAUUGGUGAGAUCCAAACUUCAGUUUUUUUCUGAGGGAAUUACGGGUGGGAUACGCUGGGGAAAAAAAAAUUGGGGGGGUAUGUUUGAAAAGCCUAUUAUUAAUUAUCUCACAAUAUUAUCUUAAGAGUUUCCUUUUCCAUGCUACCUAGACAUAAUAAUACAGACAAAUUUUGUUUUCUAUAGAACAUAACACUUCCAAAACCAUCCCACUUUUCAUCUGAGAAAUAUUGCUGUGUUGUUUGUUUGUUUGUUUGUUUAUAAUAUCCAAACACAACUACCAAAGUUGAGUUUUUCCAGGAGGAAUAUUGCUUAUAAAGAACUGUUCAUAUUCUUCCUUUUUUUCCCCCAGGCCCAGGUCCUUUUUGCCUGACAACUGCAAAUCAGAGCACACGUAAUAAAAUCGUGUAGUUUGUUUAGUUUACUUUUAAAAAGACAGGAAAGCUUGAAAAGAUUGUGAAACCACAGUUUCAUUACUCUUGUAAUCCUGCUAUAAAUCCAAUUACAUAUUGCAGGAGACAUUUUCAUAUCAUCGAUGUGACAUUUACACCACACUUUCAGACAAUCGCUGAAAAAAAAUUGCCUUUCUGAGCUAAAAAUAUGCAAAGUCUCUGCCUGGAAUCUUUAUUCAAACUCUUACUGGGCAUUGAAAUGCUUGCUUGCCAACUGCAGAACCAUUCUUCCGGGUUCUAACUCGUUUCUUUUAAAGAGAGAUGCCCAUCUUAAUAAUGGCAGGUUGCCAUUUGUAAACUAGUCAAGUAUUUUGGAUUGAGAUUUCCUAAACGUUUCUUCAAAUCUUCCACAAGUAUAUACUUUUAAAUUAUGAAGUAUUUUAAGUAUACACAAAAGAAUAAAUAAUAAUAUAAUGAAUCCCUGUAUACGUGACACCAGCUUAAGAAAUCAAAUAUAACAGAUACAGAUCCAUUCCCUUGUGCACCCGUCCCUGAUUCCACAAAUAGCUUUCUCCUGAUUAUAAAGUGAUAAAGUCAAUUUUCUAGUCUGACUUUUAUUUUAAUUUUUAACCCUCAGAACAUAAAAAUUAUUUGUGCAUGUUUUAAAUUAUAACCCAUGCCUCAGGAAUUCCAAUUACAUUUAUUUUACUUCAGUAGAAAUAAUUGUAAAGCUGGUUUGAUUUUCUUGUUUUCAAUAAGAAAUUCUGAAGCCUUUGGUCCUUAGCUUCAUCUGAGUUAAUUUGCGGCUCAUUUGCCUUGCUCACCCAAUAGUUUUGUGUUAGAACUGCCGACGUUACGGCUUUCCAAGGUUUUCCCAGAAAACUUUGUCCUUUCCUUACUUUGCUACUCUUGUCAUUGGUCUUUUAUAUGUUUCUUAAUGUGAAAUACAACGGGAUUCAUUUUGGGCAGCAUGUGAAUUUUAGGAUACAAUAGUGACUGUAUCUCUGAAUUUCUGUCUUCCAAGUUCAAGAUCAGACCAUGCUGAUGAUCUCAAAGAGCACUGACUGUUGGGCAGUUGGAGAGAGAAUACAAUCUGCUUGAAUUGUUCCAGCAAUUUGUUGUCUAUGAAAUACUUGGGGGAAAUUGUGUUUAGGCCAAAAGCCCAAUUUAUUGAGAGAUGGAUGUUAUCUCUUGAAGUGCAGUCAUAUUAUUAUAAAUUUUGCCAAAAGAGGAAAAUUUAUGAAAUAUUUAUGCUAUAAAGAUGCAAUAACAUUCUACUUGUUUGCUACAUUUAAGUCCUUAUGUAACUAAAUGUUUACAAGCCAAAACAUUUUAAAAAGAGAGAGAGUUAUAAGAAAAUGCUGUCACAGACCCAUCACUGUGGCAUUGCCAGAAUACUGCUUGCUUUCAAUCUUUAUAGUACAUUUUUAUCACAUAACCUCAGAGUAUCUUUACCAAAGAGUUUUAAAGUAAAUCUCUUUUUAAUAUAGACCUAUUAUACUUUUAUAAUAAUGAAUGUGCACACAUACAUAUGCAGAAAUAUUUAGAUUUAGAUUUCUUUUCUUUCACAAGGUAUAUUAAGGAAAGGAUCCUACAUAUUUUAUUCCGGGAUUUCUUAAUUAUAUGAUUUCUAUUGCUUUCUUGUCUUUUCUAUUAAUCAUUUGGUUUAAACAAUGCCAAAUCACUCUUUACUGUUCUAGUUACAUGAAAUUUUGCCUAUAACAGAGAUAGAAAGAUCAUACUACCUUCACAAUUAUAAUUCUUUUGUCUUUUGAUA